AUGGUGAAGUUAACAUUAGAGCUGAUCGCACGCAGCACAUCCAGACAUACACGAAGAAAGAAAGAUGAGAAUGUACAUCAGUUUGUGCACCGGCUGACUCAUUUGUACCUGGAGAAUAAACAUAUUCACGAUGCUGGUGAAGACCUGGUUCUGUGCCACAACCUGAUUGUUCUCUACAUGUACGACAACCAGCUGACCCACAUCCCAAAACUGAGCUGCAGCUCCAGCCUGACACAUCUCUACUUACAGAACAACAAAAUCAGCAAAAUUGAGAACCUAACAGUACUCGUUCAGCUGCAAAAAAUAUUUCUUGGUGGGAAUUUGAUCACAGUCUUGGAGGGUCUUGAGAAUUUGAAGCAGCUUCAGGAACUUCAUGUAGAAAAUCAGUGCCUCCCUCAAGGGGAGCAUUUAUUGUUUGAUCCAAGGUCACUUCAGGGAAUUUCCGAAAAACUGUCCAGGUUAACUCAGCUGAUGGUGAUCAACAACCAACUGGAUGAUAUGAAGGAGUUGGCCCAGCUGUUGUCUUCCUGGCAACAUUUGUGGCGCUUAGACCUAACUGGCAAUCCGCUGUGUCAGAAACCUAAAUAUAAAGAUCAAAUUAUAGUCAUGGCGAAUCAUCUGGAGGUGCUGGAUGGCAAGACGAUCACACAGACAGAGCGGCAGUUCCUAGUGAGCUGGCAGGCCAUUCGUGAUCUUCAUUUGAAAAGAUCUCAAGACAACCUGCUGAGACAGGACACAUUUGCUUCUGUGUCUGCUGAAAUGGCUGGUGGGCAAAAUUUACCUCCUGUUGGACAGCGCCAGGCUGGUCUCUCAGCUCCAGCAUUGCCAGGAAUGCAGCAUAGACAGUAUGGUGAUGUCUUAGAGAAGUUCAGUUCUUUGGACCCUUCCAGAGCUCGGAAAGCCCAAAGUGGAAUCUCACGAACAAA